AUGUCUGAUACAACUGACUUGGUGUUUUUGUGCAUUCUCAUUGUUUUGACUAUCGUCAUUCUCAUUGCCAACAUGUUUACUAUAUUUGCUUUCUGGAUUCAUCGCAAAAACCUAAAACGAGCAUUUUUACUUGUUAUUAACUUGGCCUUUGCCGAUCUUUUCGUUGGAUUCACUGGAAUUUUGACCGUGAUUAGGCAUUUGCUUUUCAGCCACAAACUGCCUUUGACUCAGAACGUUCAGUAAAAGCUCACAAAUUAUAAUUCAUAAAUAGUAAUAAAGAUUAAAAUAAUGUAAUUCAAUAUACAAGUCGACUUAAGUUUCCAUUAGACCUUUGACAUAUUAGGACGAUGCUCAUAAAAGGGUUAUGCCCUGUAAGAAAACGUAUGUCCUGGAUGACUGUCUGUGAUGGCGAGAGCUUCAGCCAAUCAGAAAUCAGGAUUUAAGAUAAAAUAUUCCAAGAUUUUUACUUGUCAGUUAUUUUGGUAUUUAACGACAGAAAACCAUCAAUCGUGGAUGUAUUAGUGCCACCAAUCUGUAUCACAGCACAGGCUUUCGCAUAACGAAGAAUCUUGUCGCUCGAUUCUCGCAAUCAGGGUGCGGUUAAACAGUGCACGGAGCUAAAACGACACUAAGUUAACGAAGGCUUCAAUCUACAGCAGCAGCAAGAGCAGCAGUAUACUAAUGUCAGAACAAACAGCAACCAUUGCUUCCCUUUGUUUUUCCACUCUUCAAUCUCUCAUCGUAUUCGCUGCUAAUUUUCUCACCAUAGCUGUGUUUUGGAUUCACCGAAACAAACUAAGACGAACUUACUUACUUCUUAUCAAUUUGGCCGUAGCCGAUCUUCUCGUUGGAUUCGCAUACGUGACACCAUAUUUGACGGUGUUAGCACUUCCUAGUUACAUUAGAAAAUCUAAACUUAAUGGCAAGACUUAUGACUAUCUUGUAAUCCAAUUUCAAGUUACAUUUUUAAGUACAUCGAUGUUCUUUCUGGUUCUUAUUUCUCUGGAACGUGCAUUUGCUUUGAUUUGGCCGCUUCUCCAUCGAACAACAAGCACGAAGACGUUCAUCUACGGUGUCGUCACUGCAUGGUUAGCAGGUGUUUCUUUGGGUUCACUAACCUGGCUGGUUAGCUACGGAAUAUUUGAGAUUUCUCACUAUACCCUCACAUUUUCAAUCGUAAUCGUCUUAUCACUGGCAACGAUGUGCACAUCAUACCUAGCAAUCCGAAAAAAACUUAAUCGCAGUGACCCUACAAUCGAAACAGGACAUCAGCGACAAAUCGUUGAGCAAAACACAAGAAAACUUUCCAAAACUUUGUUCCUUAUGACAGGAGCAUCUGCUGCCUUUUGGGUUCCAAGCCUAGUUUUAUUUUCUUGUCUUUAUUUCUCCCCAGGAAUGUUUCCUGAAUUUAUGAAAUAUGUUUUAACUAUAAUUCAUAUGUGCAAUUCCGUCGCAAAUCCACUGAUUUACAGCCUAAGAAUGCCUAUGUUCAGACAGAGUCUCAGACGAUUUAGACUUGUAAAAAUUCGAAAGCAGCGGAAAAAAUACGUAGUAAAUUGAGGAUAUUAUUAUGGAGCCUAAGAUAACACCACAAACAAAGAUUUGAACGUCUAAUGUUUCUUUAAUUUUUUUCUUUUUUGAACAAAGAAGGACAGACGACGGUACUUUUCAAUGUUUUCCUUUAUUUGGUAAAACAAGAUAUGUGUAAUUAACAUUACGUAAUUAACCUUUUUUAACAGUUGAGUUCAAAGUUUUAAUAUACUUCAAACAGAGUCAUCUGUGCGCAAUCCUUGUAAACACAUUGUAUGCUUUCAUCAUUCUUAAUUAAAGCUAAGACCUAAUCUAUUACCUUUCUUUUGGUUCAAUUCAUAGCACGGUUAAAUUAGUAAUCCAUCUUCUAUUUAUCAUAGAUAUUACUAGCUGCAGACCUUAGCAGUCCGUAUUCUUUGUAUUUCUUUAAUGAGAGGAUCGCUAUUGGCUUCUGCAAAACGCGGCUCGGCAAUACACAGUUAAUAUAACAACUCAGCAGAUUCUAGUUGUCUAGAGGGUCUACAAAGCGCUACCUUUUCUCUGCAUGUAAAACACCUCAAACUUCAUUUUAAUGUGUUUUGUCUGAUACGAUUAGUAAGGCGAUUUUACGUGUCGUUUUCAGUGUCUUAUCGCUCUUCAUAUUUACUGCAAAUGCUUUCACUGUUUUUUCUUUGGGGUGGGGGGUUAUCACCACAAUAGUUUGGUUGGUUGGAAUCGCUCUGGGUGCACUGAAAUUACUACCAAUUUACGAUAUCUUCGACUUGAAAUAUGACAUUGUCGCCUACUCUGUCCUCAUUGCUCUGUCUUUACUCUUGAUUUGCUUUUCGUAUCUCAAAACUCAUAAAGACCCUUUUCAUUGUAAUAGGUGCAUCUGUAACACUUUGGCCCUCCUGCAGGCAUUGUGCAACUGGCCUGUCUUUUGUGCAAGGGCUUGUUCCCUGAUUUUGUGAAUUACAUUUUCUUCAUGUUUUAUUUAACCAGGUCUCUUAUUCAUCCAAUAAUGCAUAGUUUGAGAAUGCCACUACACUGUAUUUUGCAAGAACUUAAAAAUAAGUCGAAGGUUCCACACUGGAGAUCGAAAAAUGUCGCAGCGACAAAGACUGAAUUAGCGCUCAACACUUUUAAAAAGGGUUCAUUGUGCACUGUUCAAGAAGGGGCCAUUUUAUGGAAGUGUCUCAAGACACUGUCCUUUUGUCUUUGUAGCCUGCAGCGGAUUAUACAUUCAUAAUUUCAUUAAAAAUUAUGCUCAUGCAGAUUGAUCGACUUACUUAACAGUCCUACAUUUCUUACUCUGUUAUUUAUAAUAUUCGUGAAAUUAAAUACUGUUUCGAACAAUUGUGUUACAUUCGUUUAGAGGACAAUUCAUUGUACCUACAUGGACCUUAAAUCGAUCCAAAAACACAAAUGAAGAGGAAGAAAAACAGUAGAAAUGUAGUAGUGGUUGUGGACGGAAAAACAAUAGAAAUGUGGUGGUGGUGGUGGAGGGGGAGGUGGUGGUAGUGGUGGUGGGAAAAUAAAAGAAUUGUGGUGGGGGACGGGGGUGGUUUAGUGGUGAAGAGAAACGGAAAAAGAGAAGGCAAAACAAACGUUUGGUCGGAAGAGUGGCGAAGAGAAAACAAUAAAAUGAAUUGUUUGGUGGUGGUGGUUGUACGAAAAAUUUGAGGAAGAGCGACUUUUGUUAUUUAUUUUAUUUAUGAGAUAACGAGAAACGGUUCUGACGUCAUCGACGUCAUCACUUGAGUUGAAUGAAAAGGACUGUGUCUGGGUCAUGGCUAGUUCAUUUUGUUUAUAAAGCCAAUAGGUUGGCAGAUCAAAACACGAGUGUCAAGGAACAUCAUUUUAGGGAGCUAAAGCAAAGGCGUUUUUGAGCUACGAACGUCAACCGGAAGCGAGGCAUUUACCACUUUAAUAUGCCUUGACGGUAACAACCUUGUUUAAAUACAAGAACCCUAAUUUGCAAAAGAAAGCAAAACCCUGAAGGAUUCUGGCAGUAGUAAAAUGAGGUCACAAUGGCCUCUUAUGCCUCCUUAUUCGCUAUGAAAUUUUAGAAAUUACUUGUGAAUGACAAAAUCACAGCCACGUGUCAAGAAAAUCCGUCUCACAAGCAUUAUAUCGAACCUUACCAACAACUGCGAAAAACACUCCUACUAUACUACUAACGUAGCACUUCGCAGCCAAUAACAUCAAGGCUUAACUGACAGACGACAAAUAACCUUGGCACCUCGAGUACUGACCAGAUAACACUCUCUUUGAUCCUGAAGAUAGCUACAGAACAGGUUAACGAAACAUCAAGCAAUGUCAGAAACAGUCCUAUUCUGGACUACGCUCAACCGGAAGAUUACAGUAUACACCGGCGAAGAAGAACUUAGAGGAAUAAUCAAGAACCAAGAACUUACAAGAAACGGUUUAGCCAAGCAAGAUAAAGCAGAUUCUUAUAUGUGGGUUACAAUUAAAUUAUGAUAAACAAGGAAUGUAACCUAUAUGUUGCAAAUUAAAGUACAACGAGAAACUUCAUGUCAGCAAACUGUUUAUCAAUUUGGUAUUUGUUAGGGUUAUGAUAAUACAAUUAGGAACAAAUACUGCAUUUUUAAAGUGCCCAUCACCUAAAAUUUUUUAUUUCCUCAUCUGAAAGUAUACCUUAUUAAAAUAACUUCUGCGAAAAAAUUUUGCGGUUUGAACAAAACGCGAUUUUUUAACCAAUUUUUGAAGUCUACAUUUUUGCGGUACACUCGCGACGCUAGUCACGCAAACUAGUAGGCUCACAUAUGACGUCGUGUGACGUCAACUAAGGAACUGGCAUAACCUUUCCUUCACCAGCUCCCCUGUACACAAAAAAGAUGAAUUACAAGUAAGGAUUGAAUCACAAUGUCUUCGCAAAAAGCAAGUUUUUCUGAAACAGAAAAACCUACCAGAACUCUUAAUGUUUUCCUGUCGAUAAAGUCACGUGUUCCUUAAAGUACGUCAUAUAACGUCAUACUCCGAGAAAAGACUAGGACGAAUGGUGGGCCAAAAUGGCGGCAAAUUUGAACGUUGCAGAUGCGGGAACUAUGAAUACUGUGUCUAAGGAGGCUAAAAGAGGGAGACGUAGGCGCGGUCGUGGCGCGAGAAAUACUGGCGCACGGGAAAAUAAUGUAGCUGUGCAUUUUGCAGACGUGAGCAUGGUUUAGCGAAGCGUGAGAAUUGUCCGGCUUAUGGACAGAGCUGCAAUAAGUGUGGCAUGAAAAAUUUCGCGAACGUGUGUUGUGGACACGCACCUAAGCCCACGUCUCGCGCCAGAUGAUUCUCAACUGGUAACGCUGACGUUGGAAUCUGGAUAUUAUCUUUUGUUUCUGCCCGACACAGGAGCUCAGUGCAAUGUUGUCCCUUUGCAUCUGUAUAAGAAGGCGACCAAAGAUUUUGAUUUGCGCAGAGUGACCCCUGUCAAUACGGCGAUUAUUUCUUAUGGUGGUACUUCAAUUCCUGUCCUCGGGAAAGUUCAUUCGCGUGUAAAGAGUGGAGAUUUCAGAUGUCUGCUUAACUGCAAUUUGGUUGAAAGCAAGAGAGUCCAGCCUAUUCUGGUCAUUAAAGCGUGCCUUGGAAUGAACAUUAUUACGUAUCAAGACAACGACCAGUUGAACCGACCACAGACGUCCAAAGGUGGAAUUUAUACACAUGGUGUCCCGGCUACUUCCCCGGUCUCCGCUUACCAGGUGUUUAAGAGGUUUCCUCGUGUCUUUCCUGAUGGUGUAGGUGCUCUUGCAGGCGAAUAUCACAUGGUGCUGGAUAAGUCGGCUAGGCCAGUUCAACAUCCUCCUCGCCGAGUUCCAUCCGCCAUCCGCGAACGUCGUAGAGAGAUACUGGAAGAUUUAGAGAAGCGUGAAAUUAUUGCUCGAGUGACUACGCCCACCCCUUGAAUCAGCUAGAUCGUUGUCGUACCAAAGAAGAAUGGCAAAUUACGCAUAUGUUUAGAUCCGAUGGGUCUAAAUCGUGCUUUGCAGCGCGAAAACUAUCCUUUGCCUACGACUGAAGAAGUGGCUUCCCGUCUUCACGGAAAAAAAGUUUUCACGUCCCUUGAUGUUUCCAAUGGCUUCUGGCAUGUUGUUCAGGAUGGAGAAUGUUCGUUUUGUACUAAGUUUAAUACGCCGUUUGGAAGAUACCACUAGAAAAGGAUGCCGUUCGGGAGUUUCAGAGUAAAAUUACAGCGCUUUUCACAAACAUGCGAAUUCUGAAGUUCAAAGGCCAACUGACGAAUGCGUUUCUCACUGCCGUCAAUCAUCUUAACGGACCUCUUAGGAAACAAAACUUUACUUUAACGGGUUCAAAAGUUCAAGGUUUGUGAUUGUGAUUGGUGGAUUUCGAUCCGUUUUGUGUGUUUCUGUGUUUCGAGGUUCGUUGCUUGUGAUCAUAACUAUGAUUGACGGCAGCGAAAAACGCACUUGUGAAGGCGGCUUUUGAACUUUAGAGUUCGCAUGUUUGUGAAAAGCGCAGUAAUGAGUUGAUUGAAGGGUUGAGGGGUGUUGAUACGGUGAAUCCUGGCAUUCUGCAAUAAAAGACCAUGACGGGAAUCUUCUUGCGUUUCUCGAGAGAUGUGAUGAACGCGAAGUCCAUUUGAACAGCAACAAGUUGCAGCUUAGAAUGAAAGAAGUUCCUGAGAGAAAGUCCGACGUUAGGGCCCGCGAUUGGUUCUUUCGUCCUGUAUACGCAAGGCACUUAUGUCCGUGGCUCAUGCAACCAUAUUGGUAUCGAAGGCUCUUUGCGGUGCGUUCGAGAAUGUCUUUUUUGGCCUAGAAUGGCGUCUGAUGUCAAAGACUAUGUUUCCAAAUGUGACGUGUGUUUGGCUCAUCUUACGUCCCAGACUAAGAAACCGCUCUUUCAACACGAAGUGAUCCCAAGACCAUGGGCCAAGCUAGCCGCUUACCUGUGUGAACUGCAUAGGAGGACCCUGUUGGUUGUUACUGAUUAUUUUAGCAACUACAUCGAAGUGGCACGUCUCUCUGCUACCUCAACUCAAACUGUUGUUCGCGAGUUGAAGACCAUGUUUGAGCGUUUUGGUAUUUCUGAGAUCCUUGUGACGGAUAAUGGGCCACAGUUUUCGACUAACGAGUUUCAAGUAUUUGCUAGGGGAUGGUCUUUUAAUUAUGUCACUACAUCGCCUCGCUACCCUCAGUCAAAUGGUAAAGUCGAAAACGCUGUGCGGACAGUGAAGCGUCUGUUUGAGAAAUGCAAAGAAGCCGGUCUGGCAGAAUUUGAAGCUCUUCUUGACUGGCGAAUUACGCCUCCUGAGGGGAUGGAUACCAGCCUGGCACAGCGCCUGAUGGUACGUCGAUGCCGUACGUUACUUCCGAUGUCAGAGUCUCUUUGACAACCAAGUUACUCAUUGCGUGGUUAUCUGCGUGCGUUGGCCCAAAUGAAAAAUGGCUCCACAUUGUAGCAUGGAGAUUUACUAUGAUUUAUUGUGCUUCAUUUGAGUUCAAUUGUACUAAAACGCAUUAAAUAUUUUCCUCGAAAAGAAACCUUUUAUAUGUCUCACAAACUCUCCUUUGAAAUAUCAUCACAUUUUAUUGGGUAAGAUUCAAUAUAAUUACUAAAACGAAUUUUCGGUCAAGUGAAGAUAUGAGGCGAUUGACUUCGUUCCAUUACUAGAUCAGCAAACAUACUGGAAUGCUUACUAUACUCAAGAAAAUUACUUACAAACCAGGUGUUUGCCUGGACCUUUAUCUUUCAAGUAAAGGCAACUUGAUAGGUAACAUGAAAUUAAUUAAAAAAACAAUCCAAUCCACUCCAAUCGAAAACCUUCAAUUUCAUUAUCUACCCUGGAUAUCACGCCCAAUCAUGCCCUAGCUUCAAAUGUCUUGAAUCCACCAAUCACUGUAUACAUGUUAAUGUAUAAUAAGUGUAAGCCAUCAACAGAACUCUGAGUUCACCGAUUUCAAUUAUUCUCAAGGUUUGUUUUCAAAAGUGAUAAGUAAUUGAAUAUUAAACGAAUAUUGCCCUUCGUUUUUUUUUUUUUUUUUUUUUUUUUUUUCAGUUGGCUAUACGGCUAAACGUUUGCGGUGCGGUUCUUAUUCGCGUGUCUUUACUAUACUUGGAAAAUGACUCCUGGGUUGAAACCAUUCACUGUGCUACCAAAACAUGCUAACAAAAACACUGUACUCCGCUUGUCUGAACCGUUAUCUUAAAAUAAGGGCAACUUGAUAGGGAACAUGAAAUAGAUUGAAAAAAUUAUGAGUACCCCAGUCGAAAGCCUCAAUUUCAUUAUUCAUCCUGGAUCUCACUCAACAGUUUUAAAUGAUUCAAACGUUUUGAAUCCAUGCACCAAUCACUGUAUACAUGUUGAUACGAAUAAGUGUUAGCCGUCAAGGGAGCCCUGAGUUCACCGAUUUCAAAUUAUGGCUCAAGGUUUGUUUUGAAAUGUGAUAUGUAAAUCAAUCUUAAACUACAAUUGCUGUUCCUUUUUUUAUAUCUCAGUGGGUUAUCUAAACAUUGCGGUGCUCAUUAAAAACAAAUAUUACAAUUCUUUCUAUUAUUCGAUUCAACACUCAGUGUCAGGCAAAUAAAAUAUGAUUUAAUCUGGUCUUUCGAAAGAUGAAUCAAUGUAAGGUAUUUUCCUAUCCUGGUGAUGGGUAUGUUUGUUUUCAAAUAGAUCGACAAUACCAGAAGGCGGAUAUUGAAAAAAAAUCCAUUGCACAACCCGAUUAAAAAUUAAUAACUACUUUCUUACUUCUCAACUAUUAGCGCCAUCGGAACUGAAGAAUGAACGGAAUCGAAGUUUCUCUCAGCCUGCCGGUAAAGAAACAAGUCUGACAUUCAGUUCAUUUUAAGUCAUUCAUUACUCUCAGUUAUGUCUGAUACAACUGACUUGGUGUUUUUGUGCAUUCUCAUUGUUUUGACUAUCGUCAUUCUCAUUGCCAACAUGUUUACUAUAUUUGUUUUCUGGAUUCAUCGCAAGAAACUAAAACGAACAUUUUUACUUGUUAUUAACUUGGCCUUUGCCGAUCUUUUUGUUGGAUUCACUGGAAUUUUGACCGUGAUUGGGGCAUUUGCUUUACAGCGACAUACUAGCUUCAACAAAAUCAGUUACGAUACUUUCCUUGGUAUAUCACUAAUACUUCACGCCACUUUUGCAUGUAUAUCCGUGUAUUUUCUGGUGCUCAUUUCCCUAGAACGAGCCUUCGCUUUGAUUUGGCCUCUUCGACAUCGUGUAGCAAGCAUCAAGGUUUACAUCAACAGUGUGGUUAUUGUGUGGUUAGUUGGGACAGCCCAAGGCGCAUUGAUUUUUUUAGCGCUAAAUGAAGAUAUCAAAAUGGAGUAUAGCGAAGUUUGUGGUGGAUUUUUGAUUUAUUUCUCAUUGGGGAUGAUCUGUGUGUCUUAUCUCUCAAUCCGGAAAAGACUCAACAACAGAAAUCGCUACAUCAACACAACCCAAAACAGACAAAUUUUGGAACAAAAUAUUAAGCUUUCCAAGACCUUUUUUACUGUAAUCUGUGCGUCGGUUGUUUGUUUGGCUCCAAGCGUUUCAUUUUACAUUGUCAGUUGUUUUCAUCCAGCCCUUUUUGCUGGUUUUUUGAAAUAUAUUUUCAUAAUGUUAAAUCAGUCUAAUUCUCUUGUUAACCCAAUGAUUUAUAGUUUUAGGAUGCCGAUAUUUAGGAAAACUUUAAAACAACUGAAGAAAAGGAUUAAAAUUCCGAGACCGUCCUCCAAGUAUACA